AUGAACUCCACUUCAUGUUGUGUGUUUCAUGAACCACUUCUUAUCAAAUACCUUCCACCUGUGCUUAUAGUGGAAUUUAUAUUUGGCGUGGCAGGCAACGGAAUUGGUUUGUGGAUGUUUUGCUUUCAGAUGAAAACAUGGAGACCAAACAAUGUGUACCUCCUCAAUUUAGCUUUGGCUGAUACUCUGGUUCUCUUAUGCAUUGCUUUCCGCACAGACUACUAUCUCAGAGGACAGAACUGGAUCCAUGGUGAUAUAAGUUGCAGACUUUUGUUAUAUAUGCUUGCUGUAAACCGAGCAGCUGGCAUAUUCUUCCUUACAGUUGUAGCAAUAGAUCGUUACUUCAAAAUUGUUCAUCCUCUUUUCAGAAUCAGCCGGAUAACACUAAAAGAGUCGGUCGUGGUAUCAUUUGCAUUAUGGUUGCUUGUCACAUCGAUGACAUCCUAUAUUUUAGCACAGUCACGUUUGUUUUUUAAUAACAACCAGACUCAGUGUGAGAGUUUUAAUAUAUGUCCCUCUGUUUUGGGAACAGCAGACUGGCAUGAAGCUUUCUAUAUUUCACAGUUCCUUAUACCAACAUGCAUAAUUUCAUACUGCACAAUCCGGAUCUCAUGGCAACUGAAAAAUAAAACAGUUGACAAACAUGGAAAGAUAAAAAAGGCUGUUCAGUUUGUGACAAUUGUAGCAGUGGUAUUUGCGGUCUGCUUUUUUCCAAGUAACCUUGUCAGAAUAACAGUUCAAUUCUUAAAGCUAAAGUACGGAAAGGAAUGCGAGCAAUUUAAACAAGCCAACUUAGCUUUUUAUACUUCAGUAUGCUUAACUUAUUUCAACAGCGCACUCAAUCCUGUCGUAUAUUACUUCUCAAGCCCAUCAUUUCAAGGUCUGUUUCGAAAAAUUUUGAAUAAAAUUUCACAAAGAGCUGAUGGAACAAAUAACCUGCCACCACAGUCUAUCAGUUUCUCAAACACAAACUAAAUGGUAACCUGCUGUAAGAA